AUGAGCUUUACACCAACACCACCACCUAUCUUUGCUGGUGAGAACUACCACAUUUGGGUAGUGAAGAUGAAAACUUACCUUCAAGCACAUAAUUUGUGGAAUGUGGUUGAGAAUGAUAUAGAACCGGCUUCAUUGAGGGUUAAUCCCACCAUUGCACAAAUCAGACAACAUAGUAAAGAAUGUGUGAAGAAGCACAAAGCAAUGUCUUGCUUGCAAAAUAGAGUGUCUGAUAUGAGAGAGUCUAAGACCAUUAAGCAAUACUCUGACAGAAUAAUGGCCACAUUCAACAACAUUAGGCUCCCUGGAGAUGAUUUUAGUGAGAGCAGAGUUGUUGAGAAGCAAAGAAUGGCCAACAGACUGGAAGAGUAUCCUGAAGGAGAUUUUCAAGAAAAAGCCAAAGAAAGCUCAAGUUUGAGCUACAAAGGAAAGAAACCAUGGCUUGACAAAAGGGAAAGACCAAAGAGGGAUGAUGGGAAGAAAAACAAAGUCAGAAGCGACUGGCUAGUAGACAGUGGUUGUACUCAUCACACAGCAUCAGAAGAAGGGUUGUUCAAAGAUCUUCUCAGAAGCUUUGUUUCCAAAGUCAGGAUUGGAGAUGGAAACCUUAUUGAGGCUAGAGGAAGAGGCAAUGUUGUGAUCAACAUAAAGUCAAAUAAAAAUAUAAUUUCAAAUGUCCUUUUUAUACCUGAUAUAAACCAAAAUUUACUUAAUGUUGGUCAGAUAAUAGAGAAAGGUUAUUCACUUGUUUUAAAGAAUAACUCAUGCAUUAUUGAGAACACAUUUGGUCAAGAACUAGUCACAAUAGCUAUGACUGAGAAAUGCUUCUUGCUAGAUGUUAUUCAGCUAGAAAAGAAAGCCUAUACUAGUCUUGCUAAUAAAGCUAGGUUAUGGCAUAAUAGGUUAGGCCAUGUCAAUUAUAGAUCACUUGGUUUGUUGCACAAAUUCAAUCUGGUUGAAGACAUGUCCAAGGUUGAAGUCAAAGACAGAGUUUGUGAAAUUUGUCAGCUUGGGAAGCAAAUGAGAUUGCCAUUUCUAGUUAACAAGGCAUGGAGGGCUCGAGACAAGCUUCAAUUGGUCAAUUUUCUAAAGAAAAAGUCUGAGGUACCUGAAGUAUUCAACAAGUUCAAAGCCUUAGCUGAAAAUCAUUCAGGUUGCAAGAUUAAGGCAUUGAGAUCAGACAAUAGCACUAAGUACCUGUCUGAUAGGUUUCAGAAGUUGUGUGAGCAGGCUGGAAUUCAACAUCAGCUAACAACAAUCUAUACUCCUCAGCAAAAUAGAGUUAGUGAAAGAAAGAAUCAGACAGUACUUGAUAUGGCAAGAUGCCUACUGUUUGAAAACUUUGAAGCAGACAAAAAAGUGCCAAUUAUCUUAGAAAGACUGUUCUUAGCAACCGGAAGGACCCUUAUUGAUCUGGAGAAGGUAUCCGAUCGAGAGUAUUUAAUAGUGGGGAUGGAGCUCAACUAUGUUAAGGAUCCGUUGGAACAAAUGUUGACAUCAGAUCCUCCAAAUGAUGAAGAGAAGGAUGAAUGCUUAGCUUUGUUAGAAGCUAAUCAAAGGGAAGUUAAUCCGCAAUCCCUCAUUGAAUCUUUGGAGUUAGGGAAAAGAGAUCAUGCUAAGAAUAGAACCAAAUUGGAGAAAAGAUCUGUGCCAGGGAUCUUUAUUGGUUACAACAACACAAAGAAAGGCUAUAGAGUCUUUGAUCCAUCCACCAAAAGGAUCAUUGUGAGCAAGAAUGGGAAAUUUCAUGAAGAAAAUGCAUGGAAAUGGAAUGGUUCAAAUACAAGCUUGACUGAACAAGGUCAGCAAGAUAUUGAUCUGCAACCAUUUAAAGAAGAAGAGCCAAUUGGUGAUGAUUUUGAUGAUGUACUUGUGAGAAGCAUAAGAACCAUCACUGACAUCUAUCAAAGAUGUGAUGUGGCAAUACUGAAACCUUCGAGUUACGAUGAAGCUGCUAAAGAAAGUGCUGGAAAAGAGCCAUGGAAGCUAAAAUGGAGAUGA